AAUUAGUACUCAGUAGUUCGAGUUCCACGGGAUCCCGGGAUGAUAUGCAUGCAGCGUCGCUGAUUGAUAGUGUCGUGGAGCGAAAGAAAAUCAUUUCAAAAAUGUUCUUUCUGAUCCGCUAUCGAUAUCGUCCCGAUCCCCACUUGCACUCGUAGUCGCUAGUCCGCCUGGUUACCACUCCACACUCAGCAAUGCAAGCUUGCAGGCGACUCCCGUUGCGAAUCACUUUCCGACUGUAGUUGGUAGAGAUCAUGCUGUCAUGGUGGACAAUCUGGGGCUGAUAUUCGCCACACAAUCGCCUGUUAGUUGGUGGUGAGACUGGUCCUUGAACAACCUCGAGAUCUGCUAUUGAUGUACGUAUGAUAUGGAAGUACCGCGGCCAGCCACUGCUCUAGAACAAUGGAGACUGUCCUGCGUAGAGGGCAGACAGGUGUGGCGCUAUGUCAGCCAGGGGGAAGUGGCAGACACUCCCAAGCAGUCGUUUGCCGAGCGCUACUUUCUCGGCCUGACCGAAGCCAGCCAGAAACCCGCACAGUCCCCUGAGUUAGGAGAGGCCAUCGACAAGGCCAUGCAGUUCUACUCACAGUUACAAAGUGAAGAUGGUCACUGGGCAGGCGACUACGGUGGACCCCUCUUCCUUAUGUGCGGUCUGAUCAUAGUCUGCUACAUCACGCGGGUGGAUUUAGGCGAGCCAACGAAAGUCGAAAUGAUCCGAUAUCUCCGUUCAGUUCAAUUGGACGAUGGCGGCUGGGGCUUACACACGGCAGGCAAGUCAACCGUGUUUGGCACUGCAAUGAAUUACGUCAGUCUUCGACUGCUCGGCGUACCACGGGAUGACCCUUCAGCCGUCGCAGCCAGGACACGUCUUCAUCAACUUGGCGGUGCCGUAGGAAUCCCGUCCUGGGGCAAGUUCUGGUUGGCCGUGCUCAACCUGUACAGUUGGAAAGGUCUUCACUCGCUGAUGCCGGAAAUCUGGCUGCUGCCGUCUUGGUUUCCUGCUCACCCCAGCACACUCUGGUGUCACUGUAGACAGGUCUAUCUCCCCAUGGCAUUCUGUUACGGUGCGCCCGUGACAGCCACAGCUACUCCUCUUAUCAUGGAGCUAAGGCAGGAACUUUACGUGACUAAGUAUGAUGAUAUUGACUGGCCGUCGCAGCGCUCCAAUGUUGCCGCUGGUGAUCUGUACACUCCGCACUCCUGGCUGUUGAAGGGUGUUCAUGGACUUCUGAACAUGUACGAGUGGUGUCAUGUUUCCUAUCUACGCAAGAUGGCGCUGGACCUAUGCUAUGACCAUAUCCUGUUUGAUGAUUCGGCCACGGACGGUAUCAGUAUAGGACCGAUCUCCAAGGUGAUUCAAAUGCUUGUCGUCUACUACAGAGAAGGUCCGGAGUCGGACAGGUUUCAACGCCAUGUCAAGCGCAUUCCAGACUAUCUAUGGAUGGGAGUUGACGGAAUGCGGAUGCAGGGAACCAAUGGUUCGCAGUUGUGGGAUGCUUGCUUUGCGGUGCAGGCAUUUCUUGAGGCUGGUGCUGGGCAAAAGCGAGAUCUGCAAGACUGUCUCCUAAGGGCGCACAACUUCCUGGAAACUACGCAGAUGCGAGAAAACCCAGACAAGUAUGAGACGUAUUAUCGUCACCCGAACAAGGGUGGGUUUCCGUUCAGCACCGCCGAGUGCGGCUGGAUCGUGGCGGACUGCACGGCCGAGGGUCUGAAGUCGCUGCUGCUUCUCUCAGACAAAUGCGGCUGGCUUGAACAUCACUGCACCAUCGAACGACUGAGAGAUGCGGUGGACUCGCUGCUUAGCUUCCGCAACUCUGACGGCGGAGUGGCGACGUACGAGACGAAACGCGGCGGACUGCUGCUGGAGCUGCUGAAUCCAUCGGAGGUGUUUGGCGACAUCAUGAUCGAUUACACCUAUGUGGAGUGUACGUCGGCCGUUGUCCAGGCCCUGCACCACUUUCAGGAGAGAGACCAUCAGUACCGCUCCGAAGAAGUGCUAUCUACCAUUCUCCGUGGCUUUGACUAUAUCCGACGUGAGCAGCGCUUCGACGGUUCCUGGGAAGGGUCCUGGGGUGUGUGCUUCACAUACGGUGCCUGGUUCGCCAUGGAAGCUCUAGCGCUGGACGACGAAACAUGUAGUCGCAGGGUGGCAGCGUGCAGUACCUUGUGAAAUGGAGAGACUUUAUCCUCUAUGAACUUGGGAGUAUGAAGAUAUCAGAUAUCAGUGGCGAUCUAUCAGGUGAUUUCAUUUCAUUUUGGGUGAAUUUAUUGAAUGUAUUCUUGCAUGAAUUUGAAAAUCUCCCUUUGUUUGCUGUAGAUCUUUUGAUGGUUCGGGGAAUGUUGGGCCCUUUCUCAGAUGACGAAUGUUUGAGGCUGCUGAUGGAGCUUGCACUGCUGUGCAGUGAAAAAUAGAAGUGAAAUAGUCACAAAAGGCACAAAGGAGUUUUACGUGUAAUAGUGCUCCACAUUAUUGUGUCGAGCCCUCUCCGCUGGCAGAAGGAAGUUUUCCUCCUUGAAAUGAAAUAGUCUAUUUCUGACUUUCGAAUCAGAAACUGGACAAAGGGGGUUGGGACCGAAGAAUUUCCCUGUGAAGUUCUUUCCUCCAGGUUGGGAUGCUUGCAUGAACGUACAUGGACAAGGCCCACGGGCUCACUACCUGAUUACCUUCAAGCCUAUGAUUCGCCGUAGUCCAUGUACGUUCCUCCCAAACAUUCUUGUAAACGAGAAUGCAGCUUCAGCACACAUUUUCUAUUUCUUCAUGUUGCGCUGCUGUUGCCGUUUCCCAACGAUAUGAUGAGGCUCUCCGUUAUGCUUCUGCUGGUUUUCCUGUGCAGGUAUGUGCUGCCGUAGCUCAGAGAAAUCUUUGGCCAGGGUAGCCAAGAUGGCAUCACCCACAUCCUCCUCUCCUUCAGGUUCACUUGUAGGUUUGGCAUUCAUGCUUGACAUCUCCUUCAGUACUGUGUAGGUCUUCUCCUAUUGGUUUUUGUCUGCCCAUACCAUUUGCACUGCUCAGUGAUGUCUGCGACAGUUGCCUCCAGCUCACCAUUUUCCAUUUUUUCUUUACUUUUUGGAUACGCUGCGUGUCCUUGAGGUAGCAUUUGAGGCUGACCAGUUCUUCUACCUUUGUUUUGCAAACAAACGUUCUUGUCUAGUGUUCAGUGAUCGAACCCAGUCAACGUUGAAGCACCCUUGUUAUUUUUAUUCUUGUACACCGCUGCCUGCAACCGUGCAUUUUAAUAGGUUUGCGAGAAUCUCUUUUCACCUGCAGCAACCAGAGUUUGAAAGUACCGACACAAACUGGAAGCAUGCCCAGUUUCCAGACAACUAGCUGCUUCAAAAAUUCUUACGUCAGAUGAGUGACUGGUUGCGCAGCCGACAUUAUGGUGACAUAAUGUGUCCUUGUAGUUCUGUUUAUUAUUACUUGUAUAUUUCACUGUUCGCGUCAAACUCGGCUAAAGGCCGAGUUUUCCGCAUCCGUAGGAACGCCACCACCCUUCAAGGAUCGUGUGUUUUAAUAUUAUAGCAGUGUAUUUUGGUAUUUGCUUUGACCAUCAGUCCUUGGCUGAUGCUGGUCAUGCCUUCAACAUGUUGACACGUUUUUCAAGGCAUUCAAUAUACGUAGGCCGCAAGAUUCUAUCUUUUCAUACCGAAUACCGAUGGCUAGUGCUUCCCCACUAGCUGCGCAAGUGUCACAUCUGGCUGCGGCCAACUACCCUUUAA